AUGAAGUUGAAAGCCAAGUUCAACCAGUGGCGUCUCGGGAGCCCAGAUGCAAACUCUCAAGCUCCUCCAACCACUGCUUCGACCAAAACUCGGGCCCGCAAGCUGAGCAAGUCAAUCCAGGCGCGCGUCGCCCGUCAAGCGUCCUCGAUUGCAACUCUUGGAUCGCGAGUCGGCCAAAAAGAGAAGGGUGGUACUGAAGCUGCAGUCGUCGCCACCGACCGUGAUCUCUCCGUAUCAGCAACUACAGCCGCCACCCUCAAUCUUUCUCUCGUCAACCGCACUUCCUCCAACAACGUGAAUGCCUAUGUCACAGGACUCGCAAUUGACAACAGCUACCGCUUCAUUCUCAUUCAGUCUGACGGUCGUACUCCUUACUACCCCUCCUCUCCUUCUUCCGUCGGUUCACCACUUGCUGUCAACUGCGCUAUCCCUCUCGGUCCUCCUGGCUCCAGCAAGAUUGUCACAAUACCUCGUAUUGCGGGUGGUCGAAUUUGGUUCAGCAUUGACUCAAGUUUGACGUUCCUGCUUAAUCCUGGCCCUGGGCUUGUCGAGCCUUCUGUUAGCAACCCCUCGGACCCAAAUUAUAAGCUCAACUGGGGUUUCUGUGAAUUCACCUUCAACAACUUCCAGCUCUUUGCCAACAUCUCCUACGUAGACUUUGUCUCGAUUCCCAUCGCGUUGAAUCUUAUCAAUACCGCCGGGGCCAAACAAAGCGUUAUCGGCAUUCCAAAAAAUGGGCUCCAAAGAGUCGCCCAAGGCCUCAUUGAUCAAAACGCCAAAGAUGGCAAAGGCUGGGAUAAGCUUGUAGUACGAGCCAGUAAUGGCAGUGUAUUACGGGCGCUGAGCCCCAACACAGGCAUCGUCAUGGACUCUUCGCUCUUCCAAGGCUACUACGAUGCCUAUGUCAACGCAAUCUGGGACAAAUACUCCCGUGCACCCUUGACGGUGGACACACAAGCGCAAUGGGGUACUGUCUCGGCCUACGUCUCCAACAACCUCCUUACUUUCGCCAACCUCGGCAGCUUCGCCAAACCUUCAGCCAAAGAUAUUUUCUCGUGCUCUACGGGCCCUUUCGCUGCGUACCCGGUCAACACUGAUGCGAUGGGAAAUCUUACGGCAAGGCUUGCGGCAGGUUUGAAUAGGAGCACGUUGUUGGAAGUCUCCAAGCAUCCGGCGGAGAACUUGAGGGCGUAUUAUCAGGGCGCAGGGGGAGUUACAAACCAUUACUCGAGGGUGGUGCACGCGGUUAAUGGGGAUGGGAGGGGUUAUGCGUUUCCGUAUGAUGAUGUCGGUGCGUCAGGCUCACAAGAUCUCGCUGGUGCUGUGAGUGAUGGAGCUCCAAAGACUUUGGAGGUCGUUGUUGGUGGGUAUUAG